AUGUCAAAUAAGAUGAACACAGUGGAAUUAAAUUUCACCUCUAAAGAUAUCUAUAAUAAUUUAAAUAAGUCAAAAUUUACUUCAAAUAAUAUGAAUACAAAAGAAUUAAAGUUCGUUUCUGCCCCCAUCAAUUAUAAUUUAAAUAAAGUAGACAUAAAAACUAUCGUAACAGGAUUAAUAACUUUAUUGGUAAAGGCAAUAAAUGAAGGAAAAUCUCCCAUUAAAAGGUUGGAAAAACUGUCUGAAGCUUCGCUUUUGGAAUAUGGAGAAAAGAAAGUUGAAGUAUUAACUGAACAGCAAAUAAUACAACGGUGGAAAUUGAAUCAUGGUUUAUUUUUAGAUGGAUCUAGCAUACAAUCAAGUAAAAAGACUGUUUUUGUUGAUGUUGGAGAUUUGGAUAUAAAUUUAUAUCAAGGAGAACCUAUAGUUUAUAUUAAUAUAAACGAUCCUGAUUGUCCUACGAAUUCACUUGAUUUUGAAAAUCAUAAAGUUGAGGUUUAUGAUAAUUUAAAGUCAUCGGACUUGUGUAUUAAUUUCCCGGUCGUUGAAAUCACUUAUAGAGCCGAUCCAGUAAACUCAUUUUCACAAUUUACGGGCGAAGUAGAAAUUUACACGACUUAUAUGGCCAUUUUAUCGCAAAUAAAUUUCUGGCCGGUGGACAUUUGGGUAUAUAAUUCAGCUAAAAAUAAUAAUAAAUUUCCGUUCGAUAAUAGUCCUUUUGACUUGGAUUUUUUCCCAAGAAUAGAAACGUCAGACGGGUCAACGUUAGAUACUUUUAAAAAGUUGGUGAAUUGGAUGAGGAAAUUAUAUCAAGAUAAUAUAAUCGACAUUAUUUCUUAUAUUAAUAUUAAUUCUACUUCCCAAUUAAAAAGUGGGAUAUCAGCAAAAGGCCUAGAGAUUGAUAAACAUACUGGAAUCGCUAACUAUAGAGAGGAGGUAAAUUUCGAAAAUUGGGUUGGAAAUACGAAAUAUGUUAAAUUAGCAAAGUGGAUCAAAAAUUUUCACCUAUUUCAAGGUCUUGCAAUCAAUAAAUCAUAUAAAAUAGAAAGUAGUAAGAAAUUUGCCAUCAAGUUUAAGGAAGUUCCUGAAGUGAAUUUAAGAGACGAAUCUUAUUUUGAGAUAAUAAAUCCAACAACAAAAUUGGAGGAAAUUUUCAUAUUUAAUAAGAUUUUCUCGGUCAAUAAUUCUAGAACUUUUCCGUUUAUUAAACUUGAUGAUUUUAAAAAUAUGGAUUAUAUUCAUUUAGUAGUUAAAUACGAAAAAUAUGAAAUUUUAAUUAAUAGGGAUCAUAUUGAACCUUCAGAAGAAUUUAAUAGCGCAAUCGACAAAGCCCUUAAUGAAAUAAAACCAUUGAUUGCUUUACGAGGUGUAUUUGAUGAAUAUGGGCAUGUAUUCCCGUUAAGAAUUAUCCUGGGGAAAUCUCUUAAAAACAUUUCAACCACAAAUUUUUUUGGUGAUUUUAAAAAGAUAAAUUUGAAAUUACCAAUAACAUCUUUACGACCAUAUUUAAAUAAAUUAAAUAUUUCAUAUCUCACAACGCAAAAUGGUGAUAUUAUUGAAGAUUUUGAUAAUUGUGUUCAAAAAUCAAAUAAUGAUUUAGAGAUUAUUGAAUAUGACGAGGUCAUUUCUUUGUACGAUAUUCUUGAAUCAGAACAAAAAAAGAAAGUAGAUUGUAUAUUAAGUAAUAACUUGAAAAUUAUAAUGACCGGAAUAAAUGAUUUGAAAGAUUUGGAUAAAAGCAACGUCCAACAUUAUAAGCGAAUAAAUUUAGAUUCAUCAUUGGAAGAUGAAAAUUACGAAGUAUUUGGGUCAAUUAUUACAAAAAAAUAUUUAAAGUCAAAAGAUUUUUUUGUAAGAUUUAGGUUAUUCGAUGUUAAUGGAUUUUCUGCAAUUAUAAAACCUUUAAAGAAAUCAAAGGUCGAUAUCAGUAGAUGUUACAUUUCAUGGAUGAUUAUUGGAAAUCCUAUGAAAUUAUCGGUUUUUAGUCCAAAUAAUAGAAAUAUUCAAGUUGAUCGUAUUGAAGAAUCCAUCGCAUUGAAAGUUGGAAUAUCAAACUAUCGCAUCAAAACGCUUCCUUUAUCCAAAGGAAAUGUCAUUCUUAUUAAUGUAUACUACCCAUCGACCAAUUAUGAGCCCCUUAGUAUCAUUAAGUUUGAUAAGUGGGAAGAUGAAGCUAUUAAUGUUGAAUUAAUUUAUGAUGAAUCAAGUUUGGAUAGUUCCAAAGUUCUACUUGGUGAAAAUAACAAAUCUUUAGCAAAUAUCGAGACAACUACUAAAAUAGACAUACAUAUCUGUAUCCUGCGUUCAGAUUCUGUAAGUUUAAAGGUUGAUAAUCAUGAAAAAGAACGUAAUUUGGACUUAUUUGGGUAUAAUUUAACUAAAGAUAAUUUGAAUGAGAAAUUUCAUGAACUUGAUAAAUUUGAUAGUAUUAAAGAGAUCAUUAAUCAACCUUUCAUAAAUGAUGAUGUUCAACAGUUUCUUUCAAAAGGUGUCGAAUCUUAA